GAUUGCUUCUGUAUGAGCUGUUCACUUGAUUCAUCAAACACAUCUUCUUGUUAGUUCUUAUCUCACGAUCAUAUACAUCCCAGCAUGCACUACAAAAGCCCUAUAUAUUUAAUUAUAGCCUUCAACCCAAAACAAAUUAAAGAUACCAAAACACACAUUUCGAGCGUCAUAUCUCUCUUAUAUACUAUCAUUUUGUUUUCAUAUCUCUUCUAAAUAAAAAUGUCUGGAAAUCAUGCUUCAUCAACCAGGGUUUUGAUAGCCGAGUUUGUUGUCGUCCUCCUCCUCCUAUUUUCUCCUCAUUUCAUACCAAUAUUAUUAGUCAUGUGCAGGCCGAUCCCGGCUACAAACGAUGAUGGAAAUCUUAGUACUAAUACUACUAUUGGAUUUCGUCCCAAUAAGAAUCGCCAAGUCGGUCAUGGCGGUCAAGAAGGCUCGCAGCAAUCGGGCGAUCAUGGUACUAAUAAUAAUGGCUUGGAGAAUUGCUUGCCUAAAGGGUUUCGGCCCAAGUCUGCUCCCAGUCGAUACAUUAACUUUGUGCCUUUCACUUCCACUUUGUGUUCCACUGGUCCCAAGGAGAAGAAGAAUGAACCAUGAUCGAUGAAGAAGUAGUACGUACUAUGCUUCAAAAUGUGAUGCUUUAUGGUAUAUUUUAGUGCCUUUUAUAUUGCAUCAGUAUGUAUAUAGGUAUUCCCUCUGAUGUGGGGUGAAAUACUCAUGUAAUUACUAGUUACCACCUAUAUAUAUAUAUAUAUAUAUAUAUAUAUAUCCCUUUAGCAUACAUCUACUUUUUGUUUUCUCUAUUCUUUUCUUCUCUGGGAAAAGAAAAUUUCCAUAUAUUCUUUAGAUAUUUAUCAUGCUAUGUCUCAAAGAUAAUAUAAUGUACUUUAAACCGUUACAGAAAUAAUUUCUUUAUGUAAUUACAAGGGUAAAGUAUAA